AUGGAAGAUACUUUCUCUUUUCAGAGACUGCGUGUUGCGGUGCGUGAGCGGGCCAUUAUGGAAGAAGACGGUCCAAACGUUCGGCUGUGCCUCCGGACGGAUGAGGGCAAAGUCAUUGCCCAUGCACCAGGAGUCACUGAGGGACUAAUGUACGAUUGCGACUACUACUUUUCCUGCGCUGCGACCCAGGAAGAUAUUUAUUCCAGCAUUGGGUCACAGAUGGUCGAUCUUGCAAUUCAGGGUUUGAGCUGCAACGCUGUUGUCUUUGGGUUUGCGGAUACGGGAAAAACCUACACACUUUACGGAGAUGGGGACGGUGAUGGGCUUCUCCUCAGCACAGUAAGAGAUUUUUACAGCCGCCUUGAGGCUCAGUCCGACGAGUACGAGGCGAAGGUUUUAAUGCGCUACUGGGAAAUGAGCCGUGAUGCUGUGGAGGACAACUUACGUGAGAACGAUGAGGGUAAAGAAGCCAUUUCGUAUGCCGUCUCCCGCGACCAUUUAGACCGUCUGACGAUACCGAACCUGACUGCAGUGGAGGUACCGACUGUGGAGGAAUUUUUGAUGCAGUUAGGCCGUGGGAACCGCACUAGGAUGAGUCGAUGCGAAGAAAGGAUGUUUCGAUGGCAUGGCUUUGUGCAGCUUAUUAUCGUGACGACCGACAAACCAGAGGGGACGAAGAAUUAUAUUCGCACCAUGACUUUUGUACACAUGAAAGGGACGGAUCGGGUCGGAGAGAAAGGCAUUCGUGGUGAACAACUCAGGGAGGGAAGCUGCAUUAAUGUCGGCGUUACACUUCUUCGUGCGGCGGCCAUUCAUUCGCUGGAGUACCGUGAGAAGCGCCGGGCUUUCUCUACCACACCUGAAAAGCAUCGUGAACUCAUUCGUCGUAGCCAAUCAUUCUUUAUGGAGUGUAAUUUUUCCCGCAUGAUGUCUCAGUUCAUCUGUGGAUUUGAAGCAUGUUUUGUGAUUGGUUGCACGAGUCCCUUGCAGUACAAUGAAUCGAUUGAAACGCUUGAAAGCCUGCAACUCUUUCGUCAGUUGCGGUGCGUUUUGAAACCCAUCGUCGUCAUAUCUGAUCGAGGUAUGUUAAUUCGGCAGCUGCUUCGACAGGAGGCUCUUCUCGGGGAGGAAGUUGUCUCGGAGAUUUAUGAUUCAGAUACUGCCGGACGCCCCUUGACGGAAGCAGAGGAGAAAUUGCUGCUCACCUACAAAAAAAUUUAUGGCACCGUCCCAAGAAGGGGUUUAGAAACAAUGUUAGGAUUGGAUCGAGAGGCAGAAUUGAUUGAACGUUGCAAGACUAGGGCUCAGCAGCAAAUCGGAAAGGUUGAAACACAUGGCAUGCGCACCCGCAUUUUUCUCAAUCCUAGCAAGACCGCGUCAUACGAAGGGCAGUGGGAAGAUGGUAAGUUUGGCGGUUUCGGGGAGCUGUUGCAGAGGCGCAGCAGAUACCGUGGUGAGUUUCGGAAUGGCUUGCGCGAAGGUGAAGGAACGCUAUGGAUUCGUGCAGAUGAAAAAUCGCCAUGGAUACGUGUGUACAGGGGUGAAUGGUUGGCUGGAAAGCGUGAUGGCUUUGGUACCUCUUGGGACGAGAAUGGCGACGUUUACGAGGGGGAGUGGGCAGAUGAUAAACGUAACGGUUUUGGCCGACUUUUUAUGGCUAACGGAGACCACUUGAAGGGAGAGUUCCGUAAAGGUCUCUGUGAUGGACGUGCGCUGCUGCUUCUGACAAAUGGCGACUGGUACGAUGGAUACUGGGCCAUGGGGCUGCGUGAGGGACCUGGUAUGUGGUGUUAUGUAAACCGACAACAGUGUCUUUGUGGUGAAUGGACCAAAGGUAUAUUUAAAUCUGGCACAAUGUAUGACCUUCCCCAUAAGAAAACUAACGAACAUAGCCGUUUUAUUCCGCGGCUAGGACUUUUGCGUCAUGUUGAAGUACUGGAACUAGAGCAACGAAAAUUGUAUGAUCGUCGUGUGCAGGAGUUUGCUGCGCUAGGAUACAAAUGGACAGAGCCUGUUAUUUUCCCACCUCUUGGUGCUGCAGUUUCGUUUGACGAUGACGGCGAAAAAUGUCACGUAGAAUUAACCGAUGUUGAGGCAGCUGAUAUAAGCUGGGGCUUAAAUGUUGAAUAG